GUCGCGAACGAGCUAUACCCACGCUCAUGUAAAGUGUGUGUCGAAAACUAUCGGUGACGUGUAUAAGAGUCGUAUUCAAUUAUAAAAAUUAUUCGUCUUAAUUUAUCGAAAUAAAUUUUAUGCAGAUUAAUAUCACCAACGUAAAUUUAUUAGACGGUGCAUGGAGCGUCGUCGGACAUGCAACUUAUGCAACCGUUUCAACACGGCGUUAUACGCUACAGAGUGUUCAGUUACCAUUACAGUGUGUGCUCGCCAGUCUGCCCAGUGGCAGGUAUUAGUUAUGAUAUAAAUCGUAAAUAUAACAUCAGGGAUGUGUGAACGUGAAUGUUGAAAAACAAAAUUGACAUUGGUGCUAUUUUAAAUUGAAUGCCAAAGAAUCGUUGGAAAUAUUGGAAAUAUGCCAAAUUGAACACAGCUGACUGUAAACAAACAAAUUAAUAUUAAGUAAUAACAUAUUCAUAUUUGUAAAACUAUUUUGCAUUCGUAAAUACAAAUGUCUGGCGCAAAUAACCGAGAAAAAUUUGCAAAAUGGCGGAAAAAACGGACUCGAGUGAUAGUGAUAGUCCAAUAAUAGACGACAACGUGAUACGUAUCCAACUCAAGAAGUCUAAUCACAAAAAAUGGGAACUGCGUACAAGAAACCUUUCCCCUGGUAUCAAAUUUCCAAUCAUACAGCUUUUUGAUUCCGAAGGCAAUCUACUAGUUGAAACAAACGAUGAAAACGUAUCAAUCAAAAGUUCUGAUUAUAGUGAUUCAAUUUUAAAAACCAGUCAAUCUUUACGGGAGAAGGAUUAUAGACAUAUAAUUAGACAAAAAAUUGUACGAAAAUAUAAUUCGAUAUCUGGUGAUAAAGUUUAUACGCGCGUAUAUCGUAAUCCUGUUGAAAUAAGUGACAAUAGCGAAAAAAAUAACAACUGUUAUAUAAUAAAAGACGGUAGCAGUGUAGCAAACAUUCCAAGUAAACUGACAGUAAACAACAACUUCCACGAUUUGCAAAUAAAUAGCCUCGACACCACGCCUUUCCAUUCAGAAGGACCGAGUGAAGUGAGCAGCUAUAAAAGUUCCGACAAUGAAACUGGUGAUGAUUUCGCUACUUAUGAUAAAUUGUCCCAGAAUAAGACUGAGAUUUCCGAAAACGGUAUUGAUCCGGUCACAUUAUCAAAACACCCGUCUACUGUAACUUUAAAUCUACUCGAGGAAUCUAACAAAGAAACAUUUGAUAAAACGGGGAAUGUGUAUUUAGGACUUCAAACAUCACAAUCACUCACAAAUGCUACGUUGUCAGAUCAUGUUAAAGGGUGUCAUACUGUACAGCGUUCAAAAUCCAACGUUAUUUACAAGCAUCCCCAAAAUAAAGUCUCUUUUCUCAACACAUACUUAAAAAGCUUACCUGUGCGGACGAGCUCUAAUCCGGAUUGGUUUACCGUACACCUACGCCAAACAUCAACAGUGGCUAAGAAUUCACACGAAGAAACGAAUCGAAAAGAUUCUCCCACACUUCUUUCCGAAAAUACGUGGCAAUCUUGUAAAAUAGACGAUAAUACCGACACUGAUUUUAUGAAUAUUCCAACAGAUGUUGCAGCUGAUUGUGAAAUUAAAAAGCGUUUAAAAAUGUACAGGCGAGGUAUAUCUGAUAUCGAACAUUGGAACGCAACUGCAAGUUUGUUUACAAGAAAAAGACGACACUCUGUAAGUGGUGCCUGGCGGAUUACUCGCACUUCUUCGUCGGAGAGUGUUGACGAAGCUGACGUGGUACUUAACCGCUUAAAGAGAAGGAUACUUAAGAACAAGUUAAGAGAGAAACGUCGGAGUGUCGUCACUAAGCCACUUCUUAAUCAGAACGUGUCCAAAGGAACCGAUAGCGAAUCUCAGGAAGAUUGGCGCGAUGAGUGCGGCGGGGCCCUCCUGAGGUCCCGCCUCGCAAUGGGCUCAAACAUCAGCCAGCAUUCCGCUAAGGGCCUAAAAGGACGCCGAGCACGCUCUAGUGGAGAUCUCUGCAAUGGAGAGACGAAAAGUCAGACUGAAUCGUCAGUCUGCGGCUCAGUUGUCGGUGAUGUUAUGGGCUGGAAUCGGUCUCUACCCAACCAUCUGGACGGAAACCGACAUCUAGCGGAUUACAGUCGUGUGAACAAUAAUUAUGGUGAAUUCGGAACUUAUAAUCGGUGCCAUCCGAAAAGCGGGCGUGGUUUGCGCUACCGUGUCUCCAAGUCCGGUUCAGACGCAGAGCCAGUAUGGAAGCUCCAAGAUCCGGGAUUCGAUCAAGGCUAUGGCUCUGAAAGAUCACCAGAGGAAGACUUCGUUCCGCCCAUUGUCCCCCCCAUUUCACUGGAGCAGUAUGAAGCUGAACUGAGGACCGUUUAUCCUUUCAUCACUGAAGAAAACACGUUCACAGUCGUGGUGGAAAAAGAUGGACGAGGAUUGGGAAUGUCGGUUUGUGGUGGAAGCGGUCUCGUGAGGAUAAGAAGAUUGUACCCGCCACAACCUGCCUGGCGUACUGGCAGGCUCGCUCAGAAGGAUCUCCUGUUAUCAGCCAACGGCGUACCACUUGCUGGACUCAGCACUUACGAGGCUCUUGAAGUUCUUCGCACGGCUUCGACAAGGGUAGAGUUACGAGUGUGCCGGCCGCCAAGCGAUGUCCUCGAGAGUGUCACGCCGCCGGACCCUCCGACCCCCCCAGCUCGGACGCCACACCCGCCACACUUACCCCUCGACCCUCUUAACUGCCAUCCUUUACACGCAAGACUUUCCCAAACAACAAGCAGUGCCACGACAUCAUCAUCCGAGGGGAGAGGACGACGCGAAGCGAGUCCUGAUACAGAGAGAAGAACGCAAGACUUACAUCUACCAGAUCUUGACAGACCUCUGCCAGUAUAUGAUAUACAAUAUGGAGAUGACGGAUCUGUGGAAUUCGACAUAAUUAUGACAAAAGUGAAUGGCUCCCUCGGAUUUACGCUUCGUAAGGAAGAUCACAGUGCACUAGGACACUACGUACGAGCUUUGGUUAGGGAACCGGCCCUUAGCGACGGCAGGAUUCAACCAGGGGACAGAAUAGUUGCUGUGAAUGACACUCCAAUGUCAAACAUGUCUCAUGCUGAGGCAGUCGCUUUCCUUCGCGCAUGUGACUCCGAAGUUCGACUACGGCUGUACCGCGAUCAUGCCGCAACACCAUUGUCGCCAAUGUCGCCGAAAGAGGAGGGGCCUACGGAUUCUGACGCACCUGUUAAUAGGCCUAAACCACCAUUGAGAGCUGAAGCAGUAUCGAUGCUUUGCGACUUAGCUGCUCGCCGUCUGACGCCGGACGCGGGCGACGGCUCGCGCUCACCAUGUUUGUCGCCGCGCAAACACCGCAAGCUCACUAAGGACAACCACUACGAACUGCCUAAUGAUAUGCCAAGUUACAACGUUACGCUAGAAUCACGCUCUAAACGUACUGAGAGCUUCAAACGAUCCGAAACAAUCGAAUGUUCUAUCGAUAUUUCGGGAGCCGAACGUUCGACGCUCGAUCGUCGCGCAACCAUGGAACGAUCGGCUACCAUCGGAUCGACAACCGUGGAACUGCCGGCUUCCGUAGAGUCAAAUAGCAAAGAGUGUAUUGCUGUUGAAGAAGCGAAGCGGCAACGCUCAAUAGCACUCACGAGCCCCACAGCUCCGCCUUCUUGUAGAAAACAAAAACUAAGCCUGACAGUGCCCCCACAUCGAUACGAGCUGAACAAUUUAGAUAACGAUACGUUAGACGCACCAAAUUUAUACCAGGAGGACAUAACGUUGCAGCGGUUUACCGAAUCCGCAUUCCCUGUUGAUUCUGACGAACCAGUCUCGAUGCCCGCAGAACUGUCGAGCGACGAACGAUUUAAACACUCAAGUCCGGCCUACCAAAGUGCCGUUUUGCAUACAACAAGUGAAAGUGCUUCUGACGGACAAAAAGAUGAUGGUAACGGUCUAAUGAAAUGGAAAGGAGUCGCGUUAUCACCUGAUAACGAAAGAAAAGCAAAGUCAAUUCCUAUAGAGGUUCCUUCUAAACCUAAGGAAAUAGAUAUAGCCCAAAAGGAGAAUGUUAAACCUGAACCACCGGUAGAAGCAACAAGCACAGAACCUACGAUAGUGACAGUGGAGCUGAACCGCGGCUGGAACAGUCGGCUGGGGUUCAGCGUCCAGAGCCAUCCGGAGUCGGGGCAGAGCUACAUCUCGGCCGUGUACAACGACAGCGUGGCCGCGCGCGACGGGCGACUGCGGCGCGGGGACGUUAUACUCCAGGUAAACGAUGAAAACGUUACAUCCAUGAAGACCCCAGAAGUGAUCGACUUGCUUCGAAUACUGCGAGGAUCCAUUUGUAUCACCGUACUGCGGCCACCAAACAUUCAGUAAAGUGACAUCGGAUAUACAUAAGUAAUUAACGUUAUAAGAAUACGUAUACUUUAAAUAUAAAUAGAUAAAUCACACGUAGAAAGUUUUUAACAUUUACUCUCAGAUUCAAACGCACAAGAUACUAUUUCGAUAUUUUUGGUGAUCACUAUCGUUAAAACUUCGAAAAAAACUUUGUAGCGACUAGUAAACGAUAUCGUUUUAUCGUACGUUUAUUUCGUGACCGUCGUGAUACAGAUUACCUUCAAAAAAAUCUCCAUAACAGAAUAUUAAAUCAAUCCCAUUAUUACGAGACAUCAAUCAAACAUGUGUCUUAAAAAAAACAUUAAAACAGUAUGUAAAGCAGGAACAUUAUAUCAUGUAAAUAUUUACCUUAUUUUUUUAAUAUGUUUAUUUUUAUGUUGAUGUCAAAACCCCGUCUUAAUAUCGUUUCAUUAGGCUGUUUACACAUAGCGCCGCAAAACAACUCAACUGCAACACUUCUGCGAUCAACUCCAUGCAUAAAAUUAUGAAUAAAACUCAAAAAUCUGUAAUAAUUUCGGUAGCGAUCGUCAUUAAGGCAAAAAUCGCUAUUAGCCCCGUACAUGAACAGCAUCUGCGGACCCAAGGCUUUUGCGUUCCCCUUACGUUAACGGUUUUGCCAAACUCUAACACAUUGUAUUAUAUCAUGUACAAAAUUUGGUAAUCAGUUUAAUAAGAACAUUAUUCCAUGUACUUCGCUUGGAGACUAAAAAUACACCAGAAAUACGAUUAUAACAUGUUUUUAAACAGUACAUCAUAAACAAUUAUUACUACAUAAACACAUACCUACACCGUAAUUGCUUAAAACAACUUAUCACUGUACUAUUUAAUAAUUAUAAUAAUAGACUUAUGUUAAUAAAAAAAAAUACGUUUGAAACAUAUGUGGUAAAAAGUGAGUAACUAACGGGCAGUAACUGAUCGAAUCUUCAAGUACGUUUCUGCGAGGGUAAAUAAUCCAUACUAUUAAAAAAAUAUAUAACUAUAAAAGAACGAGUAUCAUCGUUCGAUUAGAACGUAUAUAAUUAUAAUAUGCAUAUAAAAUAAAUUUGAUGGCGCGAUACGUAACCGUAUAAUAGGCGUAAUCUUACUUGGCCGGUAAGUUCUCUCAUAUAAAACAGUAUCAAAUAACGAUAAUCGACUACUUACGGAAUAACAACCGAUACGCGGAUAUCGCAUAUUUAGCGCCCGCACUUUUCAUCCUGAUAUAAACUAUAUCUGCACAGAUACUCGUAACUUAUUUCGAUCGGCCAGUAUAGAUCGCACCUAUUGUAACUCUUAUCAUAUAAAUGAAAUGUUAUACAAAAUAAUUAUAUUGUAAUCGAUAUUUCUUAGGAAAUUUAGUGUGUACUAAAAAUGUAAAAUAUUUAAGUUCCUAAAAAUAUGAAACAACCACAGAAUUAUUUAUUACAUGAUUUGUUCUGCCUAAUAUAAUAUAAUUAUAAUUAUAUGUAGCAAUUUGGAAAAGAUCCUAUGGUAUAUUGAUCUCAUAGAUAUCAUUAAAAAAGUAUUUAACAGCAAAUCAGUUAAUACAAAUUCCGUCUCUAUUAUGUCCUUAAAAAAAUUCAACAACGACAUGAAAUAUAAACUAUUAUCUGGACACACAUUGAAUUGAAAUACUAUGUAAAUAAUGCGUUUCAUUAAAUAUAUAGUUCUUGUAGUAAAAAAUAUGUAUAGCAUUCCAAGUAUAUUUGUUUUAAUUAUAAUUGUGUAAUAACACACUCUCGUCUCGAGGCUCGAGGUUUUAAAUAAUUUUAUCGAGUUUUGUGAUUUCCCUUAUAAAUCCAGUGUAAAAUAUUUAUUUGUGCAUUCAAUUCCAGGUAUCAUUCAAAUAAUUACAAAACAAAAAAUAAUUAUAUAAAUUGCGCAAAAUUUUGUAAAUAUCUUUUAAUGAGGUAUAAAAGAAACGUAACUGAACGCUGAAAAAAAAAUUCAUAUCAAAUAAAGUCUUUUUAUGUAUAUCUUUGUAAUAUAUUAAAUCAAACACACUGACACGUCUUAUGUAGUCAAAUUAUGCACUUCAUACACAACAUUACCUAUAGUACUAUAAGAGACACUUCUCACUUUGUAGGGUUUAUAAUAUUAUUCCAUUAUAUCAUUAUUGAAACAAUAUGAUCGCUAAUCCCAAUACUGUCUAUUUUUAUGUCUAGUAUUAUAGUAGUAACUAAGUAAAGAGUAUCCAAUUAUAUAAUUAAUAGCCCUGCUUCGCCAUAAUGAUAUGUGAAAUUUAAUAUUUACUAAGACGGAAAUAAAAGAAUGUUUUUAAAGAUGGAAAACUAUCAUUGGAAAACAAUUGCAAAUACAGUAUUGUCACGUCUUCCCGUGAAACUUUGAAGGACUGUGUUCACAGAAGUUAGUCAAACUCUUAUAUUUCACAGUGGCGAUAAGGUAUAUUUUUUAAUAUAGUUAAAUAAUAUUAUUAAAAUUAGUUCGGGUGUAUAACUGUUUAAUAAGGUAUAAGAAAAAAUAUAUUCUAUUAAAGCAACAAGAACAUAAAAGUGGACGUACAAAUUGGUGCAACAUCGCUUAUUAGUAAUUUCUUGAAAGUAGAAUAGUCUGUUUCUAUCUUUAUUUAAAUUGAUUUCAAAUGCCUUUCUCUUUAUAAUAAAUUAAAUUUAAGUAAAUCUAUAGGUACUGAUUGUUUCUAGUCAAAUCUAAAUUGUAAUUAAAUUAUAUCUAUUAGUCAUUCUAAUGAAACAUUAAUUAUACACAGAUUAUAUUAUACUGAUUAUCGUAAACGAUUGUCAAAUAUCCCUAAAAAAUGGAAUAUUUUAUCUUCGUUUCUAUUAUAAUGUUAUCUUAUAAAAAGAUUUUAUCGACAAAUCGACUCAACUAUUUUAAUAUAAUUCCUAGAGUAAUAAAAAUUAGAUAAAUGACAUAGCUAAAUAAUUUAUAGAUAAUGUAAACUGAUCGAAAUUGAAACAACUGAUAUUCUAAAUAAUUGUGAUGGAUUUGUGUUAGUAGAUGUUACUUAUAAACCUAAUAAUAAAGUAAUAAUGUAACUUAGGUGCAAUUGUAUUCAUCCAGGCUUUAGAGAUUGUUGCUAGGUAAUAUAAAAAUGAACUUUGUCAAAAUAAUUUAUUACCAUACAAUUUAAUAGUGCCUAUAAAUAACAAAUAAUAAAAUAAACCGAUGGCCGUUUCUGAUCUUUGAAGAAACAAAUGUAUAAAGUUUUAAAUUUAUUUAAAUAAUAUUUAAAUAACUACCUUAUUGAUUAUUACAAAGAUGGUGUUACCAUUUUAUUUCGAAUGUUUUUUUUUUUUAAUUUUUCUAUCUAAAAUAAUUGACAUAUGAUGAACGAUAACUGGAUAAAGAGGAAAUUAGGCGUAAAUUAUUUUAUCAAUUUUAAAUUGAAAGGGUGCUCUGGAAUAAAUACCAAGAAAAAUAUUAUUUAUUUGAAUUCAAACAUAUUAAAAACACAAUAUAAAGCCUGUUCAAACAUUAUUAACUGAAAUAUAUUGAAUUGUGGCCUUUAAAAUCAUUGCAAUAGAUAUUAAAUUGAAUACCAUAUUAUCAUAUUGGCUGCCACACCUUUGCCUAACAUUUUUAUUUGAGAUUAGAUACUAUGCAAUAAGUAAUAAUUAAUACAAGCAGUCGAACAGUAAGGAAAACUAUUUUUGUGAAACAAUAAUGUCGAUAUAUGCAUGUAUAAAUCUAGUUUUAUAUUGGUUUAUCAUUAAAUCUUAUCCAUAGAAAUAUUUUUAAUUUGUCAUCGUGAAAUGUGAUCGAUUCUAUUCUCAAUAUCAAAGCAAAAAGGUUUAUAAUACAAAACAUCAAUUGUAAUAAUUUAGUUGCUUGCUAGUCUCACGUUGCCUUUGCUUGUUGGAUAGAUGGAAGGUGGAGUUAUUUUUAUGAAGAAAGCAGUCAUAAAAAUGUUAAAAGAAUGUACAAUAUACUUUAUCUAAA